AUUAAAUUUGACACGCUCCGCAUCUCGCUCUACCUUCACAUAAUCACAUCGAUUACAACAUUCUAGUUGCUCCAAGAAAUGGAAGCUGGAGGUAAAUUGAAGAAGGGAGCUGGUGGGCGGAAGGGCGGCGGUCCGAAGAAGAAGGCGGUCUCCCGGUCCGUCAAGGCUGGCCUCCAAUUCCCCGUCGGAAGGAUCGGUCGGUAUCUCAAAAAGGGCCGCUACGCCCAGCGGGUGGGUUCCGGUGCCCCCGUUUAUAUGGCUGCUGUGCUCGAGUACCUCGCAGCUGAGGUGUUGGAAUUGGCGGGGAACGCGGCGAGGGACAACAAGAAAAACAGGAUAAUUCCGAGGCACGUGCUGCUGGCGGUGAGGAACGAUGAGGAGCUGGGAAAGCUGCUCGCCGGAGUGACGAUUGCGCACGGAGGAGUGCUGCCGAGUAUCAACCCGGUGCUCCUUCCGAAGAAGACGGAGAGGGCUGGGGCGGCUGAGAAGUCGCCGUCCAAGGCUGGCAAGUCACCCAAGAAGGCUGCUGCUUAGUUUUUGGGGAUUGGGAUUGGGAUGUUGUAGAGGUUGAUUUGCUGUGUUUGUGGUAUGUAGGAUUGGAUGUGUUUAUAAUUGUAGUUGUAUCCUGGUUUGCCAUGACUCAGCAAAUACAUUUUCUAUCGUUUCACUCAA